AUGAUUACAAGCAACUCUUUAGAACGGAAUGAUAAUGAUGGAGAAAAUGACGAAGAAACCAAUGAAAUGAUCAUUCAAUGUUUGAAAUUUAUACAAGAAAAAGUACAAACCGAUGCACAGAGAGAGGUGGAUGAUUCGGAACCGUGUUAUCAUCAUGAAAUUCCUGAAAAUUUACGUGAUGGAGAUGAAAAGAGGGUUCAAGAUGACGACAAAAUUGAUCACAACGAAUUAUUACACAUUGCCCAAAUUGAAGCAAAUUUAAAGGAACACUUGAUGAAAAAUAAUUUCCAUGAUGACAAUAUUUCAAGAGAACAGAACAAUGACACAAAAAAACUUGAUGAAACCAAUCAUCGAGCAUUAUGUGUCAUCCGAGAAUGUAUCAAACAAAAACGAGAAAAUUUUGCAAACAUUGUUUGGAGAGAAUGGUCGAAACAAUUUUCACAACUAUUAUCCACGGAAGAGAGUGUGAAUGAACUUGUUUGGAGAACUGGAUUAAAUUUGUUAAAGUCAUUCCUACCCAUAGAGGAGAACGAUGAGAAGCAUCAUAAUCAUGACAAGAGUAACACCAAUAACACAGAAGAAAUCAAUGACUACGACAACAUGUGCUUUUUGGAUUCAAAAAAUACAGAUACAUAUGCCCUUUACAUUCAAUAUCUGUUAGCAGCAGAAAAUUCACAGAAGCAUUAUGAGGAUUUUCUUGAAAUUGUUGAUUGGUUUUUCGCCUACAAUGCACCUUCUGAAGAAAUUAUGGGCUCUGUCUUAAAUGCUUAUGGAAAGUAUCUGAUUGAGGGAAAUCAUGCAUAUGUAAUGUUUGAUCUCAUUUCACGUAAUAGACAUACUUUUGAGAACAAUGUAGAUUUGACACUAUUCGAAGAAAUUAUCAAUGAAUGUGCCAUUCAUGUGAAAGAUAAAAACCAAUGGUGUAAGGUCUAUACUUUUCGAAAAGAGUGGUUGAUUGAAAUUUUUGAAAAGUAUGGAACUACUUCAGAAAAUUGCUUUUUGGAAUUGAUUGUAGAAAUUUGCUUUUCCAUUGUGAAGGAUUAUUCAACUGUUGAAACAGAGCCAUCCAUUGAUUUCUUUGGUGAGCAUGUAGAUAAAGAAGAGAUGAAUUUGAAGAAACGAAUGGAAUAUUUAGAAAAGAUGAGAAUCUAUACGUUGCAACUUCCUCACUUGAGAGAUCGAUUUAUUGAUAUAUUCGGAGACGAAAAUGCUCAAAAUCUUGUCAAUGCCUAUUGUUUUGGAAAAACACCCGAGAGUAUGAAUUCAGGUGAAAUGUCUUUACUUGAUCUUUCUCUCCUGAAACUGAUCGAACAACAGCGGUACGACAUCGAACAAAUGAACAAGAGACAUGAAGAUCUCAUUGCACAUAUUCAAAGACAAGACAUGAUCAUUUCUUCAUUGGUCAAUGCCGUGAAUCGACUCAGUCAUCGAUGA